UUAAAGUCCAUCAGAGCACACCAUUCUAUGUGGACAAGCCUUUUACUCACAGAGACAGCAUGUCAUCCCGCCCAAUUAGAAUCACAACAGCCACUGGAGAGCCGCCAAUCAGUCACAAGGAGGACCACUGGUCAGAUAUGAAGAGCAGACCUGCAGAUGCUGAGGAAAAGGUGAUAGGUCCCCCUCUGGACCUUAUCAGGAACUGUGAACAAGUCUACAAACCUUCAAACACCAGUUCCGUAGACCUCAAAGAGAAGAAGGAUCUGUCAAAGCAGAAUGACAGCCCAGGGGUGUCCUCAUCAGAGUCCAGUGGAGACAGACCAGAGCGGUCCGCGCUGUCGGCUUUCCUGGUCCUCCUGAAGAUCCCGCAGCUCCUCGUCCUCCUUUUCCUGUUCGUCUGCUCACUGGACGUCCUCAGCUCAGCGUUCCAGCUAGCCGGGGGUAAGGUGGCGGGGGACAUCUUCCAGGACAACGCCAUCCUCUCCAACCCUGUGGCAGGUCUGGUGGUGGGGAUCCUGGUGACGGUUCUUGUCCAGAGCUCCAGCACUUCCACCUCCAUCGUUGUGAGCUUGGUGUCGUCCGGACUGCUUGAGGUGAGUGCAGCUGUUCCUAUCAUCAUGGGCACUAAUGUUGGAACAUCUGUCACCAACACCAUAGUGGCUCUGAUGCAGGCUGGUGAGAGAAAUGAAUUUAAGAGGGCUUUUGCUGGAGCCACCAUACACGACUGCUUUAACUGGCUGUCUGUUCUGGUUCUGUUGCCCCUGGAGGUGGCAACAGGGCUGCUGAGUACCCUGGCCAAGCUCACUGUACGCAGCCUCCACGUCCAGAGUGGAGAAGAAGCUCCUGAGCUGCUCAAAGUCAUCACCGAGCCUGUUACUAAACUCAUCAUUCAGCUGGAUAAAUCUGUCGUCACAGGCAUUGCCAUGGGAGACCAGAGUAUGAGAAACAGGAGUCUUGUGAAAGUUUGGUGCAAGACAGCCAGCGCUGUCACCACUGUGAGCUCCUCAAACGUCACCGUAGUCACCGCCAGCAACUGCUCAUCUGCUAUUGGUUGUUUACAAGAAAGCAAUGUCACCUUGACCACAGAUAAUCUGACCUCCAUUGUCAACAUUGAGAAAUGCAAGCACGCGUUUGUGGACACUCAGCUGUCGGACCUGGCCGUAGGGCUGAUCCUGCUGGCCGGCUCCUUAACCGUGCUCUGCACCUGCCUGCUGCUGCUUGUUAAGAUUCUCAACUCGCUACUCCAGGGUCAAGUGGCAAAGGUCAUCCAGGUCAUCAUCAACACAGACCCACCUUACCCUUUCGGCUGGUUGACUGGCUACCUGGCCAUGUUUGUUGGGGCAGGCAUGACAUUUAUUGUCCAGAGCAGUUCUGUGUUCACCUCUGCGAUGACCCCACUAAUAGGUAUUGGAGUAAUAAGUUUGGAGCGCGCCUAUCCUCUCACGCUGGGCUCCAAUAUUGGCACGACCACUACAGCCAUCCUCGCCGCCAUGGCCAGCCCAGGGGAUAAGCUGCCUGCUGCGUGCCAGAUCGCACUGUGCCACCUGUUCUUCAACGUUUUCGGGAUCCUGCUGUGGUACCCAGUGCCUCAGACGCGACUGCCCAUCCGCAUGGCGUCCAUGCUGGGCGAGAGGACGGCCAAGUACCGCUGGUUCGCUGUUCUUUACCUGGUGCUGUUCUUCCUGCUGCUGCCCUCGCUGGUCUUCGGCCUGUCCCUGGCGGGCUGGCGGGUGAUGGUGGGCGUGGGGGCGCCCUUCCUCGGGGUCAUGCUCUUCAUCGGCCUGGUCAACCUGCUCCAGGCCCGCAGCCCCGGUCACCUGCCCGCGGUCCUGCAGAACUGGGACUUCCUGCCCCGUUGGAUGCACUCGCUCAAGCCCCUGGACCGCGCCAUCACCAAGGCGACCGUGUGCUGCAGCCCCGCUAGGGCAGACUUGGAGGCGGUCGUCACGGUGACGUCAGAGCCUAAAACACCAGCGGAACAGCACAGGAGCUCACCGGUGGCCUACGACAACCCUGCACUCUCAUACUUGGAAGAGGUGCCCUCUUACCCGCGUGUGUUUAAACUACGAGGCCUGGAGAGAUGCAAUAGCACCCCUCUGUAGAGAUGACCCCACACGCUGACUCAGAGCAGGCAAGCAGGAGGCCUCACCAGUGGCACUGAAGAUUGCUUUAUUUUUCUGCUAGAAUAGGAAUUUAAUGAUCAGGGAACACAAAUGUACUGUGGAUGCUUUUAUAGAAUCUGUGUCUGGGGACCCACUGGCUUUGCUGAGUGGUGCUCUGAUGAGUUUGUUUGUUAUAAAAAAGGCAAUGUGGAUAAUGCUGUUUCAACUGUUUAGUUAACAUAGGCAUUGCACUUUGUUAUACUGUCAGUGUUAUACUGUAAGCAAACUGCACUAAAAUAUUUUCUUAUAAAGGCAAUUUUGUAUUUUUAUAGUUUGCCAGAACAUUCCUGAAAAUGCAAUUUAUUUGAUAAGUAUCACCAUGAGAUAAUUGUGCUUGAAAGUAAUUAUUUUACUAUGUUUUCCAAUUAUAUGUCUUAUGCUGUUUGAAGACUCCAUAUACAGUAUUGCUUCCCAGAGUCAUCCAUCGUGAUGUGUUUCUAUCACACAA